AAUUUUAACACGUAUGUACAUAAUUUAUUUAAUUUUUAAAUUCAUUUGCUCAUGGGGUAGAGCAUCUAAAUCUUUGAAACCUGUCAUUUUACAUGAUGCACAUAUUAAAAUUAAUUUAAUACUUUAGAACGUAGCCAAAUUGUGGCAACCCUAACGUUGGAUACCAGCUGGUAAUUGCUCACAAUUUUGCGCUGACAACGAAAGAGAAGUCUAGUGCGGAAUUGGAAUAGAAAAGUGAUUUUUCGAAAGACACAUAUGUACACAUAAAUUUAAAAUUGCAACUAUCGGAGUGUAGUAUUAAUUGAAAUUAUUUUAUAAGCCUUUAUUACGAGCAACAAUUCUCAAAAUGAACCCCGAAGUGGAAUUACAUGAUAGUGAUGAAAGUGACAGUGAUUUCUGUCCGGAGAAAGAAGCCGGCAUUGAAGUUUCAGAAGAGGCUUCUAGUGAAGUUUCUAGUUGUAGCGAUGAAGAGGAAAGUAGCCCCAAAAAUACACACAAAAAACCACCUCGUAAAAAUUCCGAUAGCACUAAAAAACAAGUAAAAAAGGUCAAAAGUAGGAAACGUGCACGUGCCCAAGAGGAGGCACAUUCUAGUGAUACAGAUGAUGAGCAUACGACAGCCGCCGACUCAGAGCGCAAGCAUAACACGCGACAAACAGAUGCUGCGAAGCGACUAUGUAGUGGUAAAGAAAAGGACACUUUGGAAUCGGAAGAAGAGGAUAAAUCGAGAUCUGAUGCACUGUGGGCAGAUUUCCUUAGCGAUGUGAAACCGAAAAAUUCCGAACCAACAACAAAAACUACAACACAAGCAAAUCACAGUACUGCCGUCGGAAAUGGCGUAGUAAAAGCCGGUGUAACUAAUGGACUGAAUAGUCCAAAAAAGCGCAUAAUUAAAAGCGAAGAAAAAUGUACCUCUGACAAAAAACCAGCAGAAACGAAAAAACCGGAUACGGUUACUGUGACCGAAAUUUUAGAUUUUGCGGGAGAAGAAGUGCGCAUAGAAAAAGUUGUUAACGCUGACAGCGUUAAGGAAAACAAAGAGGCAGGGAAACGCCCAGUAGCAGGCACGUCUGCAUUGAGAGCCGGUUUGCCAGUAGGCUUAAAAAGACCAAUGGCAGGUGGCAGCAGCAGUGGCGGUUUAGGCUCUAUACUCAACCAGAUAGGCAAAAAGAAGAAAAUAUCCGUACUAGAGAAGUCGCAAUUAGAUUGGAAGAGCUUCAAACAGAACGAAGGUAUUGAAGAAGAGCUGCAAACAUUCAACAAAGGCAAAGAUGGCUACUUGGAACGCCAGGAUUUCCUACAACGCACCGAUUUACGACAGUUUGAAAUUGAGAAAAAUCUGCGUCAAUCACGGCGCAACGACUAAGUCCUACUAUAGUUUUAUAAUUUACUAUAAUUAAUAUUAAACAAAUUUAAUUGACACAUUCUGAUCUAGUUAUGUAAUUAUUUAAAUACAUAAGUAUCUGGUAAAAUAUAAAACUACAUUUAUAUCCAUAAAACAUAUUUGCUGAUGUUCAACUCGACCAAUUGAUAACCGCCUAUUGUAUUCUAUAUAUAUAGUAAACUAUAUAAUAUUAUGAUAACAACUAAUACAGCAUCCAUAAAAGAUAGCAAAAACUAAAAAGUUAAGGCUUAUAAGUAAAUACCAACAGCUAUAUUCUGACAUAAUUGGAUUGUCUAUAUAUGUAUCCGUAAUUAUCAAAAAUAGUUAUAUUUAAUAAAUUAAAUUAAUACAAUAAAUGUAUGUGAAAUCAUCAAAUAAAGUGACACUUAGCCAGA